GAGGUUUCUACCAUUAAAGACUAUCUAAAGACACUUGAGACUGUUAGUUUUCCAUCUGAGUAUGCAGUUCUGGAUGGGAUAAUGGAGGAAAAUGGUGACAGUGUUACAGAAACUGACCUGCAUGUCGAUUCAGUGAACCAGGAACUUGGAAUUAUACCUCGAUGUGACAUGCUAAGCACAGGAGUCAUAGGUGCAAUGACUGGUGAGUGGAUCAACAACUCGCCCAAAAUUGCCAACCUACCAAUACUCCACCUUCCUGCAGAAGCUACACCUGGAACUGUUCUCUUGCAGGCUGCCAAGGAGGAUCCAGCAGUUGAUCACACCGACGGAACUGAAGCACUACUCAAGAUUGAAAAUAAUCAUGUGGUCCCUUUCACCUCAGUACUCAACGAUGCUGUCGUCCCAGGAUCAGAUUCUAACCCAGAGGAUGACACAGUACGAGACCGAGAGGAGGACCGAUCAGUCUCAGUCAUGCCAUCUGCGGCACACAUUCUCUCUGACUGUGUGCCAGCUGGGUUUGACACAUUUGAAAAGAUCCAGCUCUGUCCCCUUGACACCAAUGGCCUGGAGCACAGCCCUCUCCUCAGCAGCUCGCCCAGUCGAACGUUUAAAACUGAGUUCCAACACCACAGUGCUGGUGACACUAUGCACUCAGGAGAGAGUGAUGAAGAGGACAUAGCAGAGGAAGAAGAGGACCAGUGCCAAGAAGAAGCUGAGAAGGGAUUAUUUCACUGUGAAAACACCAAGUUUAAUGAAGUUCCUGUCCCCGACUUUAUCUCACCCCAAAUCUCUCCAUCGAGUAUAGAAAUGCCUUGCCAGUCUUCUAUUCUUUUCUGUGAAACUUCCCAGUUUGAUUCUCCCCCUCAGGCAAAACUCCCAACUCUCACCUCUGACAAAAACAUCCAUCCGGUCUCUGAAACCCAUGACUUCCCAGAGUUUGAAAUAAAGGAGAGGUUCGACAUGGUCAUGGAAGAGCUCAGUUUGUAUUUCGAGAUCAGUGACGAGGCAGGUUAUCAAUCAUCCAAAAGAGCAACGUCUGAACAGUGCAGCGUUAGGGACCCUGGGGCUGAGGAGGACAACACUGAUUUAAUGACACGGAGCAGUAGUGACCGUCCAAGCAGCCAGGUUGCAGUGGAAGACGAACCACGUGGAGGCACAUCAAUGGGAGAUGGUGACCACGGUCUGAAAACAUAUCAAGCAGAACCACAAACUACAUGUACCACUGGGGGCCUUGACUGCGAGCAGGAGGUGCCUCUUGAAUGCUGCCAUCACAGCACAGAGGGAGAGGACUCCAUGUACUCUUCAGUCAAGCACAAAGAUCACUCCAGGGGGCAAGGAGCAGAUGAGAAAUGCAAGCUGUGGUCUCCUGCGUUCAUGUUUCUCCCAUGCCUGGACCAGUUAAACCAAAGAAAGCCUGAGCAACCAAAAAGAUUGGAGCCUCUGAAAACAUGCACACGUCCCAUCAGGGUUGGACUCUCCAAGAAGGCUAAGACUAAACAACUUCACCCCUACUCCAAGUGAGCACUUGAUGAAAUGUAUUUAUGCAGGAUAUGUUACCAUAUUUUAUUUUAACUUCAUUUACACAGGGAAGUUCACCUUGAGACCCAGUUCUCUUUUACAAGUGAGCCCUUAACACAUAAAAUACCUUCGUCUUUAUAGUAUAGUAUUUCUGGGUUUAACUCUAGCUCUAUGCUAUACUCUUGAAAAUAUAAGAGAUUAUUACAAGCCUUACUUCAUAUGAGAAACUGAGCACUUCAUGUAAUGUAUUUACAGUGCAUUCGGAUAGUAUUCAGACCCCUUGACUUUUUCCACAUUUUGUUACUUUACAGCCUUAUUCUAAAAUUGAUUAAAUAGUUAUUUUGCCCUCAUCAAUCUAUGCUCCAUAAUGACAAAGCAAAAACAGUUUUUUAGACAUUUUUGGAAAUGUAUAAAUAAAUUUAAAAAACGGAAACAGUACAUUUACAUAAGGAUUCAGACCCUUUAUUCAGUACUUUGUUGAACCAUCGAUUACGGUGAUUACAGCCUCAAGUCUUCUUGGAUAUGACGCUACAAGCUUGGCACACCUGUAUUUUGGGAGAUUCUCCCAUUCUUCUCUGCAGAUCCUCUCAAGCUCUGUCAGUUUGGAUGGGGAGUGUCGCUGCACAGCUAUUUUCAGGUCUCCAGAUAUGUAUGAUUGGGUUCAAGUCUGGGCUCUGGCUGGGCCACUCAAGGACAUUCAGAGACUUGCCCUGAAGCCACUCCUGCAUUGUCUUGGCUUUGUGCUUAGGGUUGUUGUCCUGUUGGAAGGUGAACCUUUCCCUCAGUCAGAGGUCCUGAGUGCUCUGGAACAAGUUUCCAUCAAGGAUCUCUGUUAUUUCUCUGUUCAUCUUUCCCUCGAUCCUGACUAGUCUCCCAGUCCCUGCCGCUGAAAAACAUCCCGAUAGCAUGAUGCUGCCACCACCAUGCUUCACCAUAGGGACGGUGCCAGGUUUCCUCCAGAAGGGACGCUUGGCAUUCAGGCCAAAGAGUUGAAUCUUGGUUUCAUCAGACCAGAGAAUCUUGUUUCUCAUGGUCUGAGAGUUCUUUAGGUGCCUUUUGGCAAACUCCAAGCGGGCUGUCGUGUGCCUUUUACCGAGGAGUGGCUUCCGUCUGGCCACUCUACCAUAAAGGCCUGAUUGGUGGAGUGCUGCAGAGAUGGUUGUCUUUCUGGAAGGUUUUCCCAUCUCCACAGAGGAACUCUGGAGCUCUGUCAGAGUGACCUUCGGGUUCUUGGUCAGCUCCCUGACCAAGGCCCUUCUCCCCGAUUGCUCAGUUUGGCCGGGCGGCCAGCUCUAGGAAGAGUCUUGUUGGUUCCAAACUUCUUCCAUUUAAGAAUGAUGGAGGCAACU